GAAUUAUAGCUGGAGGUGAUCCAAUCACUACUUCAAGUACAGGCGUAAAGAUACAGAAUGACGCGUUAAAGUGCUUUAACAUUGUCGAUGAAAAAUUGCACUGGAACGAUCAAGCAUUGGAGGUACAGGCACAAAAUUCAUUGAUGUUUUAAUUUUUUCAUUCUCUUUUAACUAUGGUUGAUUUUUACUACCAGGUACUAACAGAUCAAAGCGAUUUUCUCGUCGUUGGGGUGCUAGGUUGUCAAGGUGUUGGAAAAUCUACUAUUCUCUCCCUGCUGGCAAAUGGUUUGGCUUUAAGGGAUAAGAGGUGAUGUAUAUACAGUAUCCCACAUACAUAUGGCCGUGCGGAGAUACGAAUUAUAUUUUCGAGAAUUUACAACUAACAGGUAUAAUAUACCACUUGGCAGGGAUUAUUCUAAGGAAAUUUUAUCACUGCACAAAAGCGCGAAAAAAUGAUAAAAUUUAUAUAAAUUUAGCGACAUUUUAGAAAACGUUCUGACUGCCCUGCAUGAGCAGGGGGCCCCUAUUUCAAUUUUUUUUCCGGAAAAAAUUUUUUUCGAACAACAACCUUCUCCACCCCCCCCCCUCGUCGACAACUUUUUAGGUAAAACAUUUUUCCGGACGAGUACGUUGCAAUUGCUUUCCAGGGACUUAUCUCAAUUUUUCGUACCUAAUUUCGGUACUUAGCCCCAAAAAAUUUUGAGUUAAGUACUUUCCCCCUGUAUAUUCCCAGUGAAAACUGAAAGCCAUUGUAUGUGGAUUAUUUGCAUGGUGGCCAUUUUGUCACCAAUUUCUGGUACUGAACAAUAUCGCAUUUUAUCACUGCACAUAAUCUAAUUUAUCACUGCACAAAUCAGAUUUAUCACUGCACAAAUUGGUUAUCACUGCACCUUAGAAUAAUCCCUGCCACUUGGUCAUAACUACAUUCAAAAUUUUUCAUUUUGGAUACGUUUCUCAAUCGGCAAACGAACUUAAAUUUAACAACGAAGUAUGCCUGAUGCUUUAUCUGUAAAAUGAUGCUAAAAUGAAGCCAGAUUUUAGAUGCUACGCCAAUUCUAAAGAGAAAAUGACGUCUGAAAUUCAGUAGGUUUUGCUUAUAUUGCUGCGAAAUAUGGCGUCAAUUUUAUAGCAUCAUCAUUGAUAAUUGGAUUUUAAUUGGCAAUUUUUUACCAUUAAUUUACAGUCAUGUAUGUUCCUCAACCGGUAGAUGUAUUUAGAAAGGUAGCUGUUUUGGACUUUGUCCAGUUUAUUAUAUAGUUCAUGUUAAUUUAUUAUGGUAAUAGACUUGUGUCCAGUAACAUUGAAAAUAGAGAGGUCAGAGGACGGAACACAAAACGUUUUGAGAAACAGGGUUUUUCUGUAAAAACUGUUGAGUUGUACUAAAUAAAUAUAUGAAAACCUCAUGGUUAAUGAAAAUUACACGCCGUCUAUAACAGAGCUGGUCCUUCGUCGAGCCGGAUAAGAAAGAAAAUGCCAGAAGUAAGCGAAAUUGACAAGUGUAGAGCGAAGAGAAAAGUCGCGAAAGCUAGCGUGACAAGAAAUAUGAAUCGUGUCAGAGAGCUGAUCUCUAGCGAUGGAAGUGUUCCGAAAGUCCGACAGUUUGCCAAAGGUGUAGAAGAAGGUCGUACGAAAGCCCGUGACCUUACGAAAGAACUGGAAGAGCUUGAUCCAGCGUCAAUUGAGACUGAUGGUAGCUGGUUAGAAGAGGUAGAAUUUGAUGUCAACGAAGUCCUGGGAGAAUUUGCCGAAUAUUUAUUAAAGUCUGAGAGCCCAUCGCCAAACGAACAGUCUAGUAUUACACCACCAACUGCUCAGAAUAAUGAUGAAAAUACUGAAACUGUGAACGAUUCAAUGUCUGGGAAAAGAACUGGUCUGAAAGGUGUUGAAAUCCCAUCAUUCGAUGGAAAACCAGAUAAGUGGCCGUACUUUUGGGGAAUAUUUAGUUCUCUUGUCCAUAAAAACGAUAAACUAACGCCAGCAAUCAAGCUAGCUCAUCUGAAUAGCUGUUUAACGGACAGAGUACGUGAAGUUAUUGCAUGCCUGACCGGGGAGCCUGGGGACUAUGACAGGGCGGUGAAACAACUCACUGAUAGGUAUGGGGACCCCCGAGAAAUUAUAGAUGCCCAUUUACGCAGAAUAAGUUCUUGGCCCCACAUUAAGGAUAAGGAUCGUGAAGAAUUUCAACGCUUUGCAGAUGCAUUACAAGCAGCUGUGUUUGCACUAGAUAAACCUGACUAUAGGCAUGAAUUAGCUAGUAUACCUCUUUGUACCUUGUUGGUUCAAAAACUCCCACCUAGAGAAAGGGAUGAAUGGGUAAAACAGGUUGAGAGUGAAGAUUACUCGGAAGACAUGAAGGGUUUAGCCAAGUGGGCCCAAGUUAGAGCCAAAACCAUGCGUAAACGUGAGCGAUACAAUAUUGAGCCGCCAGAUAAGGGUAAAGAGUCAACUAAUUUUCAGCCACCAGGUCGCAUGCGAGGUAGGGUCCAUGCUCUACGCACAUCUGGAUUUGAUCCAGAACACCAAAGUUUAAAAAAUUGUCCAUUGUGUGAUAAAAAACACACUGAAGUCUCAUGCCCUUUGUUUUUUGAUAGUUCUGUUGAGAAACGUUGGGAAAUUGUAAAAAAUAAAAGGGUAUGUUUUGGUUGUUUGAAACCUGGCCACCAACGGCGCCUGUGCACAAAGUCCACCAAAUGUGGGGUAGACUCAUGUGACAAAGGCCAUCAUUAUUUAUUGCACAGUUCUAAAUCUAAGCAUGAGAAACCAUCUGAUGACCCACCUAAGACCCCAGAGGAAAACAAAGCAAUGCAUUGUGGGAAAGCACAAAUCAGCACACCCAUAAGUGAGAGGGUUGCCCUGAAAACUGUAUCUGUCCCAUUUAUAGAUGAUUCUGGAAGGGUAGUCAAUGGUUUGGUACUUUUAGACUCGGGAAGUGAGACCACACUUGUAAGAGCAGGGUUUGCAAAUCAGUUAGGCAUAAAGGGGCCUAAGCAAAGUCUUACUGUGGAUGCAGUAGGAGGGGUACGCACCGUAGUGAAAUCACAACGUGUACAUUUACCAUUUGCACCACACAUCACAAAGGCAAAAAUAACAGGGUGGACCAUUAAUAAUAGCUGUGCCCCUGUCCCAGAUGUUAAUUGGCCUGAGAUUAAGCAUAAUUAUGCCCACCUAAAUGAUGUCCCAAUAGAGCCACUAAGUAAGGGCACUGUUGAUGUCCUGUUAGGGUUAGAUGCAGCUGCAUUAAUGGCACCCGUGCAAGUUAGACGCGGGGGGCAUUUAGAGCCAUAUGCAGAGUUGACACCCUUAGGUUGGGUGAUUGCCGGCCCAGUCCCCGCCUCCAAUGGUCAGGAGAAGCGUGUCCUGUGUGUCCACGUGUCGGAGGACGAAGGCGAUGCUAAUCGAGAGUUACGAAAGUUCUGGGAUGUGGACAGUUUCGGUGUUCGGGCAGAGAUUAAGUCACCUUACACGCCUGGUGAGCAGAAAGCCUUGGACAUUCUUGAUCAAUCAUGCAAGCAGCAGGAGUUUGGUUAUCAACUCGGACUUCUUUGGAAAACGAACAGACCUAGCUUACCUAAUAAUUAUGACACUGCCUUGAAACGCCUAGAAUCGGUUGAACGUCGCCUUUUGAAGGAUCCGAAGUUAGCUGAGGGAUAUUUAAAAGCGAUAAAUGCAUAUGUUGAAAAGGGAUUUGCACGCAAGUUAUCGGAAGAAGAGCGCAUAAAACAUGGUGAACAGUGGUUCCUACCCCAUCACCCGGUUCUCUCCCCACACAAACCCCUACCGAGAGUAGUAUUUGAUUCCGCAGCAAAACAUGGUGAUAUCUGCCUUAACGAUUGUCUUCAGGCUGGACCCAGUCUCCACAACGAUUUACCUGGCAUACUGAUGAGAUUUCGUGAGAAACCUGUGGCGCUUACUGGUGAUGUGUCGGAUAUGUUCUGUCAUGUGCGAUUAGAACCGGAGGACUGUAAAUACCAUCGUUAUUUAUGGCGCGGAUUGGAUAUGUCGAGACCACCUGAUGUGCACGAGAUGAACUGUCUGGUGUUUGGAGAUAAAUCUUCACCCUGCGAGGCAAACUAUGCUGUGAUUCGCACCACCGAAGACAACAAGGAAGAAUGGCCCGUCGCAGCCGCAGUGGUCAAGCGUGAUAUAUUUGUUGAUGAUUUAUAUACGUCCUGUUAUGAUGAUGAUGAAGCAAUAACCUUGCGGAAGGAUGUGACAAAUUUGAUGGCGAAGGGUGGAUUCCCGAUGCGCAAGUGGCUCUCGUCAUCACGAAAGGUCCUGGAAACAAUACCCGAAGAAGAAAGAGCUGUCCCAAACAAGAACGUGAAUAGUGGAGAACUUCCGUCAGGGCGUGCGUUGGGGGUGAAAUGGGAUGCAAAGUCCGACAUUGCAUUAGCACACAUUGAUCGUCCGAAGGCGCAAAAUACAAAGCGAGGUAUUCUGAAAAGAUUGGCUGCAUUAUACGACCCGUUGGGCUGGGCUGGGAUUCAGGGACCAGAGUUCUUAAAGUCUGAGUCCUCAGAGUGGCCUGUUGAUAAAGUUGCAGUUGAUUUUCCAGAGCCAAGUCAAGCGGAGUUGAAGAAAUCGGUUUUGAAAGCAAAGGUCGCACCAGCGAAGCCAGUUAUUGAUCCUGCCGCGUAUUCUAGCUGGAUCAAACUCACCCGAAUAACCGCAUGGAUAUUUCGCAUGUGUAACAAUCUGCGCAACAAAGAGAAACGAAUAUCGGGACCGUUGACUGUGGACGAACUCGAUAAUGCUAACUUGUACUGGAUCAAACGGGGCCAGAGCGAUCGCUUCCAAGACGAAAUCGAAGCGUUGAGAAAGGGUCGUCCGGUUUCACGAGAUAGUCGUAUUGCAAGUCUCGAUCCCCAACUCGUGGACGGUGUUUUACGGGUAGGCGGCAGAAUCGAAAAGGCGGAAAUUCCGUGGGAGUCGAAGCAUCCAGUUAUAUUGGACCACGGACAUGAUGUCACCCGGUUGAUCGUGAUCCACUACCACCGAAAACUUAUCCACGCGGGAGUCGAACAUGUCUUUAAUCACGUACGUGAGAAAUACUGGAUUUUGCACGGUCGAGCCGAAGUUAAGAACUGUACGGUUAAGUGCCCACUAUGUUUUCGCCGUCGUGUUAAACCUAUGACGCAGAAAAUGGCUAAUUUACCGAAUGUACGUCUCGCAGGCGCAAGUGUUCCUUUUCGACACGUUGGGAUUGAUUAUGCCGGACCGUUUGAGACUCGAAUUGGACGCAAUCGAAAGGAAAAACGCUAUAUUUGCUUAUUUACGUGUCUCCAUAUGCGCGCGGUUCAUCUCGAGGUCGCACAUAGUUUGGACACUGACUCGUGUAUAAUGGCGUUGCGACGAUUUCAAGCUCGUAGAGGAGUCCCUGUUUGUAUAAUGAGUGAUAAUGGGACAAAUUUCGUAGGUGCCGAAAGAGAGUUGCGCGAAGCGUUGAAAGAUCUGGAUCAAGAGAAAAUCUCGAAUGAGUUAACAGCACGUGGAGUACGUUGGAUCUUUAACCCGCCUGCUGCCCCAUGGUUUGGAGGUGCCUGGGAAGCGUUAGUAAAGUCUGUCAAACGGGCAUUGAAAGUUAUGCUUGGGAAUGUUCGCACAGUCGAUGAAGUUUUCCUUACUGUCAUUGCCGAGGUAGAAGCGAUGCUGAACUCUCGUCCGCUUGUCUAUGGUGGAAGCAGUGAUUUGCCAACAGAUCUCAGCGUGAUUACACCAAACCACUUCUUGCAUGGUCGUGCGAGUUCGAACGUGUCGCCCUGCGAGUUUAACCAACGAGAUAUGUCGUUACGUCGAAGAUGGCGUCAUAGCCAGUUCUUAGCGAACCAAUUCUGGCGCCGAUGGUCGAAUGAGUACAUUCCGCAGUUAAUAAAGCGAAGCAAAUGGAAUGUUGCACACAGAAAUCUACGUCGCGGUGAUCUUGUCUUGAUCCUUGAGAAGGACGUACCUCGUUCGCAUUGGAGGCUCGGAAGAGUGAUUGCACCGAUCGCAAGUGAGGACGGACUGAUCAGAUCCGCGGAGAUUGCAACGAAAACUGGAACAUUGACACGUCCUGUAGGACGGUUAGCAUUACUGGAAGCUUUUAAUGAUGAGUAA